ACAAAAUGGUUACUCCCCAGUCUCAAAGAGACCAUGCCACAAGGGUGCGUUAUUGCAGAGCUAUUCACAGAGGGGGUACCUAUGUUUGAUCUGUCUCAACUGCUGGCUUAUAGAAAUGGACAUUUUUCCCAUGAGCAGGUGCUGAAUAAGAUUGAAGACUUGAACAUAAGAGGUUUGGUCAGUCAAAUGAUUCAGCGUGACCCAGAUAUGCGUUUAACAGCAGAAGAAUAUCUUAAACAGCAGAGAGGCAGAGCAUUCCCAGAACUCUUCUACACUUUUCUGCAGCCAUACAUGGCACAGUUUGCAAAAGAGACUUUCCAGUCUGCUGAUGAACGUAUCCUGGUAAUACGGAAAGACCUAGAAAACAUUCUGCAAAAUAUUUGUGGAGAAGACCAGACUGAUAAAAAUGAUGGACAAACCAAAGAUCAUGGUUUGAUUAUUUUGGUAUCAGUUAUCACUUCUUGCUUGCAGACACUGAAGUACUGUGAUUCUAAACUAGCUGCUUUGGAACUGAUCCUUCAUUUGGCACCCAGACUAAGUGGCGAGAUUCUGCUUGAUCGUAUAACACCUUAUCUGUUGCAUUUUGCAAAUGACCUCAUACCUAGGGUACGAGCUGAAGCAGUCAGAACGCUGACAAAAGUUUUGGCUCUUGUGAAAGAGGUACCACGCAAUGAUGUCAACAUUUACCCUGAAUACAUUUUACCAGGUAUUGCCCACUUAGCUCAGGAUGAAGCAACUCUUGUUAGAUUGGCAUAUGCAGAAAACAUAGCACUUUUGGCUGAGACUGCCCUCCGAUUUUUAGAAAUAGUCCAAUUAAAUAAUUUGAAUGUGGAAAGUGAUAUAAAUGGUGAAGAAACAGAGGAAACGUUGCACCCAAAUGAAAACUAUGACUCAGAAUUGCAAGCUCUCCAUGAGAUGGUUCAGCAAAAAGUGGUGACACUAUUGAGUGACCCAGAAAAUAUAGUGAAACAGACGUUAAUGGAGAAUGGUAUAACUCGGCUUUGUGUGUUCUUUGGACGUCAAAAAGCUAAUGAUGUUCUCUUGUCGCACAUGAUCACCUUUUUGAAUGAUAAGAAUGACUGGCAUCUUCGUGGUGCUUUCUUUGAUAGUAUUGUUGGUGUGGCAGCUUAUGUUGGAUGGCAGAGCUCAUCCAUCCUUAAACCUCUUCUUCAGCAAGGACUCAGUGAUGCGGAAGAGUUUGUGAUUUAUAAAGCCCUCAAUGCUCUGACCUGCAUGUGUCAGUUGGGACUUCUGCAAAAACCUCACAUCUAUGAGUUUGCCAGUGACAUUGCGCCUUUUUUGUGCCACCCAAAUCUCUGGAUACGUUAUGGAGCUGUGGGGUUCAUAACGGUGGUCGCACAACAUCUAAAUAUUGCUGAUGUCUACUGUAAGCUGAUGCCAUAUCUCCAUCCCUUCAUCUCCCAGCCAAUAAUACAGAUAGACAGAGAAAUUGUGUUGCUGAGCGUCCUCCAGGAACCUGUUCACCGUUCUAUAUUUGAUUAUGUAUUACGAUCAAAGGACAUUAUAAACUUGUACAGGCACUUGAUCUUGCGCCAGAAGGUACGCAAUGGACUAAUGCCAGAAUGUCCACUUCCAGAGGAUCCAGUUGUUAUACAGCUGUUAAAGAAACUGCUUUCUCAGGGAAUGACUGAAGCAGAUGAAGACAAGCUAUUAGCUCUAAAGGAUUUCAUGCUUAAGUCAAACAAGGCCAAAGCCAAUGUGGUGGACCAAAGUCACAUGAAUGACAGCGCAGAGAGUGGUGUAAUUGACUUGGCUGCUCUUGGCAUUCCUGGAAGACACAUUGAUCUUGUCAAGACAAAACAAGAAAAUGAUGAUAAACGAGCAAGAAGACAUGUGAAACAAGACUCAAAUUUGAAUGAAGAAUGGAAGAGCAUGUUUGGCUCUCUUGAACCUCCAAAUAUUGUUCAACCUAAAGUCCUUACAGCUCCUGCUGACCAAGAAAAUACCACUGGAAAGAGUCUACGAUCGGAGUCUUCACCAGGGAUGAUCACUACUAAUCCAGCUUUGCAACAGGUGUCUGAAGGGACUGGGGUACUAACAAGGAAGACCACUUCCUCCUUGUCAGUUCUGCAAGCAGGAAAUGCCCCAGUAUUGCCUCCUACUUACCAGAGACGCAUUACUACGUGUGCAACUGAGCUCCAACAUUUGAUUCAACAGAAACGCGAACAGUGCAAUGCUGAACGAAUGGCAAAACAGUUGAUGGAAAGUGCUGAAUGGGAAAGCAAGCCUCCACCACCAGGCUGGCACCCCAAAGGGCUUCUAGUUGCACAUCUUCACGAGCAUAAAUCAGCAGUAAACAGAAUUCGGGUGUCUGAUGAACAUUCAAUUUUUGCUACCUGCUCAAAUGAUGGCACUGUGAAAAUUUGGGACAGUCAGAAGAUGGAGGGAAAGACAACAACUACCAGAUCAAUUUUGACACAUUCUCGUAUUGGAGGAAAAAUUAAAACUCUGGCCUUCUGCCAGGGUUCCCAUUAUCUUGCUGUGGCUUCAGACAAUGGUACUAUCCAACUCCUUGGAAUUGAGGCCAACAAACCUCCAAAAUCACCUAAAAUACAUUCUCUUCAGAGCAGAGCUUUGGACCUGAAAGAAGAUGGCUGUGUGGUGGAUAUUCAUCAUUUUAAUGCAGGAGCACAGUCUGUUUUAGCAUAUGCAACUGUAAAUGGUUCUUUAGUUGGCUGGGAUCUGAGAUCAUCAACAAAUGCCUGGACAUUAAAGCAUGAUUUGAGACUUGGACUCACUACUUCCUUUGCUGUAGAUAUACAUCAAUGCUGGUUGUGUAUAGGUACAAGUAAUGGCACUAUGGCUUGUUGGGAUAUGAGAUUUCAGCUGCCUAUUUCAAGUCAUUGUCACCCAGCCAGGGCUCGCAUUCGGCGUCUGCUUAUGCACCCUCUCUGCCAGUCAUGGGUUAUUGCAGGUAAAUUCAGUGCAUCAUUCAGAUUACUUGUCACUUAUUACUUUUUAAUCUCCUUCCUGGCUGUUGGAUCUUGUGCAGUAAACCCACAACCAUUGUGGAGAUUCUGCUUGUUUUUUUUUUUUUGUUUGAAGGAUGCCUACAAUUUUUUUUUCAUGUAUCUGAAGCUCAUCAUGAGCACACUAGCGACUUCUUAAGUAAGAAAAGUGGGCAGUACAUGGCUUUCAUAAUACUAAAUUUAGUUCAUAUCAUUGCAUUGCUCCUGAUUCUUUAUUGGUUGGGUUCCUGACAGUUGUCAGCCUUGUUUUGAAGGGUAUCUUUGUCUCGAAACAGUCAGUUAGUAAGUCUACUUCAAGGUGCUAAGAAAUUGGGGACUUCUGCAGUACAAAGGUAUGUGGCAGCUGUCCUGGUAUCAUAUACAGAUGGGUAAACAUCAUCUUGUAGUAGACGCACAUUGAUUAAGUAGAGCAUUUCUUGUUGAAUACUGUUAAGGGGAUCCUUGUACCUCGUUUGUCAUAUGCGCAAAUGACACCCUUUUGGGAGCCAGCCAGAGCUGAAAAUCUGAGUAUCUACUCACUUCAACAGAUAUCAUUGGUGGAAAAGUUAAAAUAGUCACCUGUCUUAUGCAUAACCCAAAAUUAUACAAGUGCCUCUGGCAGAACUCUGCAAGGAUCCAAAAAGAACUAUGUUGAGGGUGAUGAUGAUUUUAACAGCCAUUGGUCAGUUGUGGCCAUCAGGUCUACUUGGCAGACUCUGCAAAUGCUUAUCACAACCUAACAGAAAACCCUAAUGCCUGAAAACAUGAGGAAACUAUCCUCUGCAUGGUGUGUACUGCAUGUGGGUAUAGUCUCCUGCCAGCUGCGCCUGUUAUUCCCUCUGUAGUGCUGCAGAUUGGCUCACGUUACUGUUGGUUGUCUGGGUCCUCGAUUUGAGGCCCAAAGUGGCAUAAGUGACAGCAUGCUGAUUUGAUGGAGGACCAGACAAUCGUACCUUCAAAAUUGUCAAGGUUGUCUCUCGGCACGAAUACUGCAAAAGUCUUUCACGCUGGCAAAUAAAACAGCAGCUGUGAGGCUUCAGUAUUUAUUUUUAUUCAUUAAUGGGAUGAGGGCAUUGCUAGCUAGGCAGCAUUUAUUACCCAUCCCUAAUUGCCCAGAGGGCAGUUCAGAGUC